AUGGCAGCUCCCGCCAAAUCGUCGCGAUGGGGAUCCUUUCUCCAGCAGGCCGUUGCCGGCGUAGAGGCUCGCCUUGAUAACAUCCUCGCUGAAGGAGAGAAUGGCCCUGGUCAACAGCAAACUCAAGCUCCUGACCGUCCCGACACUCCCGCCAAGGAACAGUCGCAAGUUGGACCAUCUCGAUCCUCGACCAGUAGCCGUACCAAUGACCGUCUUCAAGAACGCCUGGCCAAGGCCAUGGCUGCCAAGAACUCCCAAUCCUCGGAUGCUCGCAGCGCCAGACCGAGCGCUGACGGCGACCGCCCAGGUGCCGUAUCUCCCCAGAACGAACCUUCAGCCGCCUUCGUUUCGAUAUCGACCGCCGGUUCAGCUUCCGCUCCCUCGGUUCCCGCCCUCGGUCUCGAUGUACUCUCGGGAGAUACCACGCAAAACAUAAGCCAGCCCACAACCGCCUCUGUGCAACAUUCAGAGGAAACCCCACGGUCUCCGAUUACCACCCCGAAAGAAAUCAACAGCGAGUCCGCAAAAACAGUUUCGACCUCAUCAACUGUUCCACCCCCUCGGUUAUAUCUACCCGAAAGCAGCACGACCGAGGCCCUAGGGAAACCUGCUCACGACUGCAACCGAUGCACUGAGCUCCAAGUUCGAGUUGAGGCCCUGGAAGCCGGGUAUGAACAGGCGGCGAAAGAUCAGCAAGAAGAGAUACAUCGUCAUGUGGAGCAGUUCGAGGCGCUUCAGGCAAAGGUACAGUUCUUGGCAAAAGAGGCAACCGAUGCCGCCCGAAAGUCGGCAGUCGCAGCUCCGGCUGGAAGUGAUGAGCGAAAGCUCGCAGAGAGGGAUGAAAAGAUUGCGUUGCUCAUGGAGGAAGGGCGGUACUUGGCUGCCACCGAACAGAAACACAGGUCCAUCAUCAAGAAGCUUAGGUCACAGGUCGCAGGGGAUGAGAAGGUGGUGGGAGAUUUGCGAGGUCGCCUCGAAAAAGCGCUGGCCGAUAUGGAAACACUGCGUACAAAGGCCACUCGAGUGGAGGAGCUUGAGCAGCUGAACCAAGAGCUACAAAUACGGUCUAACGGCAUGCUGGACGAGUUGAACGCCUUGCGCGCCGAUGCAGCUACUGACAAAUCCACGAUACAGAAGCUGCGGGAAGAUCUCCGCAAGGCCACAGACCAAGCCAACUUCGCCGUAGCACAAGCCAACGAGGAGGCACUGGCGGCAGCCAAGCGUCGCACAAAGGAUCUCGAAGACAGUGUUGCUGCCCUUCAACUAGAGAAGACAUUCGUCGCUGAUAGGGCAAAAGCAAGCACCGCUGAGGCAGAGGAUAAGGCUGCGCGAGCGGCAGAACGUUCUCGUUUGAAGGAAAUUGAGUUGAUGGCAGAAAUUCAAGCGAUGGAAGGGAAACUAGAGGCCAUGCGCGCGUUGGCGGAAGAGGCGUCCUCUGGCGCUGUGGGGGAUUCCCAGGCCAAGCUGCUGCGCCAGGUAGAAACACUGCAGACCCAGCAUGCUAUCGCCACGGAAAACUGGCAAGGCAUUGAAGCCAGCCUGCUUGCUCGUCUUGGUAACCUGGAGCGAGAGAGAGACGACGCUCUGCGACGGGAAUCAGACAUGAGGAGGAAGGCCAGAGAAACGGCGACCAAAUGCAAGCGCCAGGACGAAGAGCUACAAGAACUUAGCAGCAGGUUUCCCAGCUACCAGCGAGAUAUAGAGACAUACAAGUCGCGCGUCGACACGCUGCAAAAACGGGCAGAGGAAGCUGAGAGCGCACUAGCACAAGCCAGAUCAGACCUUGAAAAACAACAAAUGCCGACCAGACUCGCCCUUGCUGUCCGUACCAACGCGUACUUUCAGCAACGACCUUCUUCUGCUGCAAGGCGGCUCUGGCCCCGGGAAGGGCCGCAAAAUUUCAACCCCGACAAGUGGGACGGACGGCUUCCAGGAUGGAUCGUCUCCAGGGAGAAGGUUGUCAAGCCAGCCUCCAUCAAGACCAUCGAUUUUACCUGGCGUCCCUAG